CAUUCGGUAAUUCCGCCGGUACAUGUAAACUCCUCAGAAGCAAAAGUUUAACCAUUGUGAGAAAAAGUGUGUGCCAUAAAGUGAUCCAUCCAAGAUGUACGGGCUUCUUAUUGAAAAUUUGGCAUCCUUCAUUAGGAUUCAGUGGGGGGAAGGAAAAUGGGACAUGGUUCGAAAAAAUGCAGGGAUUGAUGCCCCGUCUUUUAGUAUACAUCAUGCUUAUCCAGAGACGCUACUUAAUAAACUUGCUCGGAGCGCAUUUCAGGUUUUGGGCGUGGACGACAAAAGUUUCUUUGAAGCCAUGGGCAUUUAUUUUGUCGAGUUUGUUGGCAAUUAUGGUUACGAUGCUAUGCUCACUGUUCUUGGUCGCCACAUGCGAGACUUUCUGAAUGGGCUGGACAAUCUUCACGAGUAUCUCAAGUUCUCUUACACCAAAAUGAGAGCUCCAUCGUUCUACUGCGACGAAGAGUCGGCUCAAGGCUUGCGACUUCACUACCGAAGUCGGCGACGAGGAUUUGUCUACUACGUCAUGGGGCAGAUUAAACAGGUUGCAAAGCAUUUUUACAAUCAAGACGUCGAAAUCGAAGUUUUGAGUGAAGUGCUCGAUGGUGACACAAUGCAUACAAUUUUCCAAUUGACGUUUGACAACGAGGCCGAGUCUUUGAAAAGCAUGAUUCGUAAGGAACAACAAUUGCCAAUCCGUGCUUCUCUGAUCUUUGAAUUAUUUCCAUUUUCAAUCGUCUUCACGCAGGAAAUGACGAUAAAGUUCACGGGUCAUGCUUUGCUCAUCAUUCUGAAAGAUCUUGUGGGACAAGUGAUGACCGAGGCGUUUGAAAUUGUCAAGCCGCUGAUUACAUUCAGCUUUUCCAAUAUAUUGGAGCGACGAAAUAAUAUUUUCGAGCUGAUCACGGUACAAAAUAUAUUUUCAUGCCACUCCGUGGCUCCGAUCAAGGACGACGAAGCUCUUACUGGAAGCUUUGAUAAUGACUCCGAAGAUGAGACUGGAACUUCACUACGGCUUCGAGGCCAAAUGAUGUUGAUGGAAGAGUGGGACAUGAUGAUCUUCCUCGCAAAUCCCGUGAUGCCGGACAUCGACAGUUUGGUCCACGCUGGACUGUUCAUCAAUGAUCUCUCGUUGCACGACUGCAGCAGAGAUUUGGUGUUGGCUGGAACUCAACAGUCCGUCGAACUUAAAUUAGCACUCGAACAAGAAAAGCACAAAUCGCUUAGGCUGGAAGACUCCAUGAAGCAACUGGACAUUGAAAUGAAACGUACGGACGAGUUGCUUUACCAGAUGAUACCGCACAAGGUUGCUGACCGUAUUCGAAAUGGUGCAAAUCCCGUCGAUACUUGCGAGGUCUUUGAAUGCGUCUCAAUUCUGUUCUCGGAUGUCGUGACCUUCACGGACAUUUGUUCUCGAAUCACUCCAAUCCAAGUUGUCGGAAUGUUGAAUCACAUGUACAGCUUGUUUGACCAACUGACAGAUCGAUGUGGCGUCUACAAAGUUGAAACUAUCGGUGACAGUUACAUGGUCGUGAGUGGGGCUCCGGAACCAAUGCCACAGCAUGCAGAGCGAAUCGCGGACAUGGCCAUGGACAUGGUUGAUGCCAUGCAAGCCAUUGGUGACCCAUCACGAGAUGGAGAACCUCUAAAAAUUCGAGUUGGAUGUCACAGUGGAAGUGUCGUAGCUGGAGUCGUUGGAUCGAAAAUGCCACGCUACUGCUUGUUUGGCGAUGCUGUCAACACGGCGAGUCGCAUGGAGUCGUCUUCUGAAGGGGGGCGCAUUCAGAUUUCGGAGGCUUGCAAGAACCUGUUACCAACUCCGUAUCAAACGGAAAAACGUGGCACGGUGGCUGUGAAGGGCAAAGGGGAGAUGGACACUUUUUGGUUGCUGGGACGAGAAGCUCGAGUCCCAUUAUCCAAGGCAAACUCAAAAUCGUUUAACUGGAUAGCGCCCGCAGCCAGUGCCGCAAGCGCUGAACCCACAAAAGUUCCCACUGGAAUCCCGAAACAGAUGAGCGUUGCGUCCGAGGACUCCUCCGGACUAGUCAAAGAAAUGAAUGGAGAUGCUGCCAAAGCAAGCGCCAAUAUUGUCAAGCCAGCCCCACAAUCAGCAUUUGCAGGGAAACCUCCCGGAAGUGCACCAGCCCCCGCAGCCCCCACCAUCAAACCAGUCCCCGCAAAACCACCCUCCCCAGUUAAACAGCAAACUCCCCCAGCUCCAAAAGCCCCUGCCGCACUUCCUGCCGCUGCUGCCGCUGCCGUUUCCAAGCCGCCCCCACCACCGUCUAGCCCUCAGCCUCCACAAAAAUCUAUGGACUUGCCAGCAAACACAAUUAGACGCUCGUCCACCCCGUCCCCAAGUCCACAAGUGGCUGAAGCCCCCAGUGUUCCCAAAGUAGUCACCACCACCACAACGGCGAACCUCAGCAGCAAGGAACCUCCUCCUGCAACGAGUAACAACCCUCCAAGUGGGAAGGACACGAAUGAAGCAGCCCAACCAGCAGCACCAGCAGCAGCUCCACAAAAUUCAAUUACAAUUUCUUUGCCAAAUGGUAGCGAGGAAACGGUAGAAGUUUCUGUAAAUAACUUGGAUCCCACCGAUGUUCCAGUCAACGGUAACACGGACGAUGGACAACAAUCGACAAAUGCAUUUAUAAACGGAAUAAACGGGAUUCGGAAGGGAAGUCGGGAUUUCAGGAACAAAAUAAAGGACAAAAAACUGACCACGGUCACGGUCGAAGCCAUCACGGACAUUGGAUGUGCAGAGUUUGCUGUUAAACAAAAGGAAAUUAUAAGUCAGGCAUGCGUAUUGUUAUAGAACACUAUUUGUUAUAGCAGUCAACGAGAAAAGCGUUGAUUUUGGUUCAUUCUUGUCAAAAUACGUGUGUAUGUAAUAAUAAUAAAAUGAAAUAGCAAUGCUAACGUCAUCAUAUUUAAUGAAGGAAAUGAGCAAUAAAGUUUAAACAUUCUGGCACUGAAUC